GGGCGUAGAAAGGAGGCCAUAUUGUACAGUUAAAUUGAAAGAAGGAAAAUAAUUGUAUCGCCGUGCGAUCGCUCCGCUACGUGCGUCCGCGCCGCUCCACCGACGGCUUCCCCGACCUGUGUGUGUCGCGUCGCGACCCGUCGCUCAUAAUCGCACGCGGCAGCGAGAAGAGCAACCCACGGGAGAGCCAAUCGGCGGCUCCUGGUCCACCGUCUUUGUAUAUAAGUCAUACAUCGCGCAGUAGUACGGCUCGAGCCUAAGACCAACCCGACUCGCUGAAAGGUGCUUGUUGCUGCGGUCGAGAUGGGCACUCGGGACGACGAGUACGAUUAUUUAUUUAAAGUUGUCCUCAUUGGAGACUCCGGAGUAGGAAAAAGCAAUCUCCUAUCUCGAUUUACAAGAAAUGAAUUCAACUUGGAGUCAAAAUCUACCAUCGGAGUCGAAUUUGCAACACGCAGUAUACAAGUAGAUGGUAAAACCAUUAAAGCCCAAAUUUGGGAUACAGCUGGGCAGGAACGUUAUCGCGCGAUCACCUCCGCAUAUUACCGCGGAGCAGUUGGCGCACUACUCGUAUAUGAUAUCGCAAAACACCUGACGUACGAAAACGUAGAAAGAUGGUUACGAGAAUUACGGGACCAUGCUGAUCAAAACAUUGUGAUCAUGUUAGUGGGAAAUAAAUCAGACUUAAGGCAUCUGCGUGCUGUUCCGACUGACGAGGCUAAGGCGUUCGCUGAGAGGAAUGGCUUGUCUUUCAUUGAAACAUCUGCUUUAGACUCUACUAACGUUGAGACAGCGUUUCAAAAUAUAUUAACAGAAAUAUACAGAAUCGUAUCGCAAAAACAGAUACGAGACCCACCUGAAGGUGAUACAAUCCGGCCACAGAACGUAGAACAAAUUGAAGUCAAACCAACGAUGAAUGCUGAGGGAAUGCGUAAGCAGUGCUGCCAGUGACUCACCUUGUUGCUUAAAAUAAGCGGUUAUACGGCGAAGAAGAUAACGGAAGUACUAGCUGGUGGUAGAUAUAGCGGGUGCAUCACAGAA